AUGGCAAUGUAUCCGGAAGCCUUGCAAAAGGCACAGGCGGAAAUCGAUGCAGUCGUCGGAAUAAAUCGCCUUCCAGACUUUAACGACCGCCCUUAUCUGCAAUACGUAAACGCAAUAAUUAAGGAAACGAUGCGGUGGCAAUUAGUUCUUCCCCUCGGUAAGAGGUUUUUCAAUGUCCUUCUUCGGCUGUUUAACAUGGCAGGUUUUGCGCACAUGGCUACUGAGGAUGAUGAGUAUGAUGGAUACUUUAUAACAAAAGGUACUGCCGUCAUUGGAGCUGCAUGGUCAAUUUUGCACGAUCCUGAAGUAUUCGAGGCCCCCGAAGAAUUCAGGCCGGAGCGCUACCUUAAAGAUGGCCAAAUAGACCCUGGCGUUAGGGAUCCAGUAGUCGCGGCCUCCGGAUUCGGCAGGAGGAUGUGUCCUGGCAGGUACUUGAGCGACAAUUCUCUAUAUUCUAUCGUCUCGUCUGUCUUGGCGGUAUACAAUGUCAAUGCGCCAGUGGAUGAACUCGGAAAACCUAAACAACUUGAGGCGAAUUACACAAGCGGGUUUCUGUCAUAUCCUCUGCCUUUCAACUGCACAAUCGAGCCACGCUCCAAAGCUGCUGAAUUUCUGAUUCGAGGCCUCAGUGAUUGA